CCUGGUCAUCAUCAAUAUUGAUUAACAGCGAUGCUUAGGAAUAUAUGCUCUUUUCAUUAACCUCAUUUCCUAUCGCAAAGAAUGGCCACUGCACUCAACAAAAAGUAAAUUAGUGCCCAGAGCUUUUGACGUGUCUCGGCUCUUGGGUGUCCCAGUACACUGCAUUCCAUUUUAUCUGACUGCUUCGGGUCAGCGUUGUAACGGCAUCGCAGCAGUCACCAUGUUUGAAAAAUCACUUUAUGACCUCAUCAGAGGUUUGAGGGGCCACAAGGGUAGUGAGGUCGAAUAUAUUCAAAAUAGCCUGCGAGAAUGCCGCUCCGAGAUCAAAUCGCAGGAUAUGGAUAAAAAGGCAAUUGCUCUCCUAAAACUGAUUUACCUAGAAAUGUUCGGAUACGACAUGUCCUGGGCAUCUUUCCACGUACUCGAGGUCAUGUCUGCACCCAAGUAUUUACAAAAGCGUGUUGGGUAUUUGGCGGCGGCACAGAGUUUUCGUGCAGAGACUGAAGUACUCAUGUUAGCGACAAACCUGCUCAAAAAGGAUAUCGUUUCAUCGUCUGUCGUAAACCUUUUGCUACCACUAGCAACAUUGCCACAUAUACUAACGCCUUCACUCGCCAUGUCCUUGCUCAAUGAUAUACUUCCGAGGCUUUCCCAUUCAAACACGACCAUUCGAAAGAAAUCAAUUGUCGUACUUUACCGGCUUGCCUUGGUCUACCCCGAAAGUUUGAAAGCGGCAUGGCCAAAAAUCAAGGAGCGCUUGAUGGAUGAAAACGAAGACAAUAGUGUCAUUGCUGCAGUAGUCAAUGUUGUUUGUGAACUUGGAUGGAGAAGACCUCAUGAUUUCCUACCCUUGGCCCCAAGGUUCUUCGAACUUUUGGUCGAUAGCGGAAAUAACUGGAUGGCUAUCAAAAUCAUCAAGUUGUUUGCUACACUCAUCCCUCUAGAACCUCGUUUGGUCCGAAAAUUGCUUCGGCCAUUGAUAAGCAUCAUUCAAACCACAAGCGCCAUGUCUCUCCUCUACGAAUGUAUCAAUGGCAUCAUUCAAGGAGGCAUUCUAACUGAAGCCGAAGGCACUCAAGAAGGGGACGAAAUUGCAGGCUUAUGUGUUGCAAAAUUGAGGGGGAUGGUUGUCCUAGAUGCAGACCCCAACCUCAAAUAUGUCGCUCUUCUAGCCUUCAACCGUAUCGUCUUAUCACACCCUGAGCUUGUAGCCAUGCAACAAACUGUCAUCAUGGAUUGUUUAGACGAUGCAGAUAUCUCUAUCAGGCUUCAAGCACUUGAGCUUGUGGUGCAAAUGGUUACAUCUGAGACACUGCAGGACACCGUUAAUCGCCUCAUCGUUCAAUUACUCAAGGGCCAUGAAUUGGACCUGGAGCCUAAUAGGGAUAACUCAGUGGACAUUGAGAGUAACCCCAAUAUUAGUUCUCAAAUCUCUCAGUCCGUUAGUGAAAACCAGAGGAGCCGCACGCAGCUUGAUUUACCAUCUGAGUAUAGGAACGAAGUAUUCACUCGCAUCCUUGAUAUUUGCUCCCGUGACAACUACUCGGACAUUAUUGAUUUCGAAUGGUAUGUCAAUAUAUUAGGGCAGUUGCUCAAACUUUUACUACGCCUUAAUGUCGGUAGCUUUACAUUGUAUAACGAUGAAUCCAUGCAAGAAUCUCCAGAAGCAGAUAUUGCUAUGAGGAUUGGUUCAGAGAUCCGCAAUAUUGCUGUUCGCGUGAAAGCCAUCCGCAAGGAGGCCACCAGGACAGCCGAGUCAUUUCUCUUUUUGGCCGACCAUCAACAAACACAACGUACCAUCACAUCACCUCACGUCGGGGCUCUCGGACCGUCAGCCUGGCUAGCAGGGGAAUUCGCCGACUGUUUAGCCUUUCCUGAUCGUGUUCUUAACAUCCUCAUCAGUCCCAAUAGCAAAGGGUUACCGGGCGCAACCUUGGCUCUUUACCUUCAAGCAAUGCCUAAGAUAUUUUUGCAGCUAUUAUCAUCACAGCCAGAAUUCAGCACGAGCUCGUAUGCUGAGUACUCUAUUACCCUUGCACGCCUAAUCACUUUCCUUGAGGAUUUAGGCGCCCAUCCCGACUUAGACGUACAAGAAAGAGCAACUGAGUUCCUUGAACUCUUGCGCCUUUCUGAAGAUGCUCUAAAGUCGCGAUUUGAUACGGCACAAGAAGUGCCAUUUUUAUUAACAUGGGUCAUUCCUGGCAUAUUCAAGGGCUUCGAUCUGAAUUCUGUCGCGAUUGGUGCUCAGAAAAAAGUUCCACUUCCCGAACACCUAGAUCUAGAUGAAGCAAUAAAUGACAAAUUACCCCGAGCUCUUGAUAACUCUUUUGAGAAGUGGAUGGAGCCCAAGGAAUACAAUAGUAUUCACAGUUUCUAUUACAUACAACAAGACUCUACGUCAAUUCACUGGGAUAAUUCAUUGGGGGCACAAGCUGAUACAAGUUCGAUAAUUACUGAACAACUGAAGGACUAUGGUAAACUUUCGGAUCAUCAUUUAAUUCGCAAAGACUACAGCAGAGACGACCCUUUUUACAUUGGACACCACGAGGGCAAUUUGGAGAAGGCUGACACUUACAACUUUCUCGAUGUCAACAACGACGAAUUGGAUAUAGAUUCAAUCCCUAUCAUUGAUCUUCGAAUGGGGGAUGGGCCUAGCGCUAGCUCCUUAGCAGGUGGCCAGAGCAUGGAUGUGGAGAAACUCCGCACACGCCCUGGAAGGUUUGAAAUUGCAGCGGACGAGACAAUCGAUGCUGAUGAAUCCUAUUCUUCUGAGUCUCUAAACCCCAGAGUCGAAUCCAAACCCCGUUCGCAGCGAAGUCUUCUACAAGUGGAUUCGAGUGGACUCGAGCGUAUGACGCUCGUUGAUAGCCACCAGAACCCGUCCGUACAACCCAAGGUAAUCCAAGGCGCGGAAGAGCUGGAAAUGGCAGAGGCCAUGCGAAAAAUAGAGGGACUCCGGUUGGAAAUGCAAAGAGCAUCUGAGCGAAUCAACGUGGAUGGAAUACCAUCUGAAGGAACUCUUAUAAAGAAAAAAAAGUUGAAAAGGAAGAAAAGGCCAAAGACCAAAGUCUCCUCAAAGGCAGAGGUGGAGGAGACAUCAGAAUGAUGGAUUAAACAAGCAGUAGAUCAAAACAACCUGAUGGCGUUGGGUAUAAUUGUACCGUCAAAUGGACGACUCUAUAGACGAAACUGCCUUCCCUUUUCUUGAACACUAGCAAAUUAUUCUAGGCCACUG